CUGUCGCAGCCAUUGGCAUACUUGCUCUUGGCCAAGCUUGCCGCAGCUGGCGACCUCAUUGAAAACCUAUCAUUCGGCCACCAUGGAAUCAAUAGAGAAAUGCCUGGAUGGCGUCCCACUGCGAUAAACCACGAGUUACAAUACUACAGCGAUCGAAUUAUCCUGACACCACCAUAUCCCGGCGGAACGAGGGCUUCGCUUUGGUCCGACAACAAAUCUUCUACUACCGCUUGGACUGCCGAGUUUCAAUUUCGAGUGAAUGGCCAAGAGUCGGGAGGAGGCAACUUGCAAUUAUGGUACACCAAAGAGAAGGAGAUCAUCGGGACGAACAGCGCCUUCACUGUCGGCCACUUCGAUGGCUUGGUCCUAGUGAUCGACCAGUAUGGAGGGCAAGGGGGCUCAAUUAGAGGAUUUUUGAAUGACGGCGAACACAGUUUCAAGUCGGAACAUCAGUUGGAAAGUCUUGCAUUUGGUCAUUGCACAUAUCACUACCGCAAUCUGGGUCGUCCUAGCAAGUUAAAGGUCAGCAAUCACAAUGGUCUCACGGUGACAGUCGACGACCAGAUCUGCUUCUCGACCCCGGAGAUCCAGAUGCCAUCAGGAUACUACUUUGGUGUGACCGCUACCACAACCGACACCCCAGAUUCGUUUGAGGUGUUCAAGCUCGAGAACCAGCAGGGGAAAUACCAUGUGGGAGACCACCACACAGGAGGGCAUCACUCAGAAGAUCACCAUGCAUCUGAAUCCGCUCCCCACCACUUGGACGACUUCCCAGGCUCGCCCGAGGUCCUCCCGGACGUAGACGCCGACACGAUCACCAAAGAAGGCGAGCAAUUUGCAGAUCUGCACAACCGACUUCAGGGCAUGACCCACCUCGUCGCCAACAUGUACGUCGACCUGCGCGCCCUGCGCGAGGGCCAGAAGGAGCACCACGAGGCGCAAAUGGAGCACAUGCAGAACAUCCAGGGGAGCCGCGAGACCGGUCUCCCGGUGGAGACAGUCAACACCAUCAACCGGUUGAGCGAGCGAUUGGCCAACAUCGAGCGAAUGAUGGAGACUGCGCAACGCGACCGGGAGAACGCGCGCAACGCCGUAGCCCGACUCCAGUCCGCAGUGGAUCAGAUGCACGGAGGUAUCUCGGAACAUCUCCCGGAGAAGAUCGUGGUGAGGACAUCCGCUCCGAAAAUGACUCUCUUCCUCUUCAUCAUCCUCGGCGCCCAGGCCGUCCUCGUGGCUGCUUAUGUUGUAUACAAGAGGCGGAGGAACGGCAUGCCGAAGAAAUACUUGUAG